GACGGCACUGGCGAGCAGAUACCGACAGCUUUUCUUUCAAAUGAUGAGGGAAGCCAUUUUUUUAUUUUUUUAUUUCUCCUCCUUUUCUUUUUGGAGGAUGCACACUUGCCGACUGAAUCGGCGCGUGUUGAACGUGAUAUUAUCUGAUUCUGUCACUGACCUCAGCCAUAUCCCGAUGUCGAUCCCACCAACCAGAAAAGACUCUCCUCGUCACCUUGAGACUGCUAGAAAAGAUACAAACCCCCAUGGACAUUGAAUUGUUGACCUCUUUCAUUACCUGGUUCGUCUCAUUACAGGCAACAAUCUGUAGACUGUACAGGUUCUUAAUUGGAGGUAGCGCUUCUGUGGUGGCAAUCCCUUAUUUCUCCAAGUUAAAAUCGAGUGAAGAUCUUCAUCUGAAAAAUAGAGUGUCCAUCGUCCCCUCGAAAUCGACGCCAGAUGCAGAAGGAACCAUUUUAACAUAUUGAGUUGCACGCGCAGACUGUUGGCUUUGCAGAUAUGAAGAGAAACAAGGAAUGCUGGAGCCGCGGAGGGGUGGAAGAGAUUCCCUUCCUCUUCCAUGGCGCCAACAACGACACCACCACCACCGGAAACAAUGCCGUCUUCGUGACCCCCGCCGGGAAGCUUCCAUCUUCCCGGUACAAGGGAGUGGUUCCCCAGCCAAACGGCAAGUGGGGAGCUCAAAUAUACGAGCAGCACCAGCGGGUGUGGCUGGGGACGUUCCGCAAGGAGGUGGAGGCGGCGGUGGCCUACGACGUCGCCGCCCUCAAGUACAGAGGAGGAGAGGCUGUCACCAACUUCAGGAUCGUGUGGGAAGACCAACACCAGACCGCCUUCUUGGAGGCUCACUCCAAGGAAGAGAUCAUCGACAUGCUCAGGAAGAACACCUACCACGAAGAGCUGGCUGCGGCCAAAGAAAACGCCGCGGGCUCUUGUCCCUCAUCGGCGUGGGCGGGGCGAGAGUUUCGCCUGAGAUUCAUGGAGAAGGAGGCGUUGUUCGAUAAGGUGCUGACGCCCAGCGACGUGGGGAAGCUCAACAGGCUCGUGAUUCCGAAGCAGUACGCCGAGGCAUGCUUUCCUCAGCUGCUCAACGGCGGCAGCGAUAGCCUGCUGCUCGGCUUCGAAGACGAAGGUGGGCGAGUUUGGAGGAUCAAGUACUCGUUCUGGAAUAGCAGCCAGAGCUAUGUCCUGACUAGAGGCUGGAGAGGGUUUGUGAAGGAGAAGGGGCUCCAGGCAGGAGAUGUGAUCACGUUCUCUAGGUCUAUUGCUGGUCCUGAUCAGAAUCUGUAUCAUAUAACAUCGAAGCAUGCCGGAGGAGGAGACUCUGAUUGCUCCACAUCGCAUGAAGAACUCCUGCAAUAUGCAACACAGCAUUGAAAGUCUUUGGGAUGAUGCUGGAGAGUUUUGUUCAAUCCUUUGAUCGGUUGCAAGAUCCAGUGCAUGUCACCGGGAAGGUAUUCAACGCCAUUAAUUACCAGUUUGGAUUCAGAACCAUGGCUGUGUCAUGCUUAAAGGGGAGUUACUCAAUUAUUUAUGUUCACUAGUGUCAUUCUCCAUUAUUAGGGAGGCGUUCGGCCGUGUUGAAUUUUGCUUGUAGAAUUAAAAAUUUAGGCAAAAUUUCAUGUCAAAUUGAAA